AUGGAGCGCUUCCUGCAGCAGGCUGGUGCUGAUGACUUUCCUUCCAAGCAGCAGAAGCAGCAUGCAACAUUAGACGCCUGCCUGCAUGCGAUCUUCCGAAGCCUGCGCUGUAUACCAGAGGAUCACGACUUCCUCCUCACAGAACCGCCUUUCAACACCCCGGAGAACCGGGAGCUGAUGGCGGAAAUGAUGUUCGAAACCUUCAAUGUGAAUGGCCUGUACAUCGGUGUGCAGGCUGUUCUAUCUUUGUAUGCGCAAGCAGUCAGCGAAGAACAGUUUGAGGGCUACAGUCCCAACCUGACGGGCCUAGUGGUAGAUUCGGGUGAUGGCCUCUCGCAUGUCAUUCCUGUGGCGGACGGCUACGUCAUCACCUCCUGCAUUCAGGCCUUGAGCACGUGA